AAAAAAAAACUGAAAUUUAUGUUUAUUUUAUUCUUUUUAACGUAAGAACAAAGAGACUAACCAAAAAAAAAGAAAUGGUAUUAAUUUGUGUAAUGGAGGAUUAUAUAGUUUUUAUAUAUUAGAAACCGAGUAGAGUUUAUUCCCACUGUGCUGGCCGCUACUAUUUCUGGAUCGUCAGAACUGACCAAUAAAUGUACUCGCUUUCCUCAGGCAUUUUCUUUAUAAAACAUACAAGUUAAUAAUGGUGCCCGGUAGAAGGUUUUAGAAACAAAAAAAUUAAAAAACUGAAAAAAAAGGUGGAGAUUUUGUUUUUUGUACUUUUUUUUUUUUUCACAGUAUGGAGCUCAGGAAGAUGUUCCCUCUUAUCUUUGCUCUGGGUCUUUGCCUAUCGUUGGUUGGUUCAGCCAUGGCGGCAGAAGCAAGCAGUAGCACGCAAUCCAGAGAGCUUGAUCAGACACCCACAUGGGCUGUUGCUGGUGUCUGUGCUGUUAUCAUCAUCAUCUCCAUAGCUUUGGAAAAGAUUCUUCACAAACUUGGAAAGUGGUUUACGGAAAGGCACAAGAAAGCACUAUUUGAGGCUCUCGAGAAGGUUAAAGCUGAGCUGAUGAUUCUGGGUUUCAUUUCGCUACUGCUGACUUUUGGGCAGAGUUACAUUGCCAGAAUCUGUAUUCCAAUAAAGGUUGCAAAGUCUAUGUUGCCAUGUGCUCCAAAGGAAUCAACAACCGAAGAGGAACAACGUAGGAAACUUUUGUGGUUUGAGCGCAGAUUUUUAGCCACUGAUAGCUAUGGUCAUAUAUGCAAGACUGACUAUGCACCGCUUAUUUCGGUUAACGGCCUACAUCAAUUGCAUAUCCUCAUAUUCUUCUUAGCAGUUUUUCAUGUGCUAUAUAGUGCUGCCACAAUGAUGCUUGGGAGGCUGAAGAUUCGUGGCUGGAAGGAAUGGGAGAAGGAGACAUCAUCCCAUGAUUAUGAAUUUUCAAAUGAUCCUUCAAGAUUCAGGCUUACUCACGAGACAUCAUUUGUGAGAGCACAUACCAGUUUCUGGACUAGAAUUCCUUUCUUCUUUUAUGUUGGAUGCUUCUUACGACAAUUUUUUAGGUCUGUUAACAAGGCUGACUACUUGACACUGCGCAAUGGAUUCAUCGCUGUACAUUUGGCUCCUGGAAGUAAAUUUAACUUCCAAAAGUAUAUCAAGAGAUCGCUAGAAGAUGACUUCAAGUUGGUUGUUGGAGUAAGUCCUGUAUUAUGGGCAUCGUUUGUGAUCUUUUUGCUACUAAAUGUUCGUGGAUGGCAUGCACUGUUUUGGGCAUCCUUGAUCCCUGUCAUUAUAAUCUUUGCUGUUGGAACAGAACUUCAAUCCAUCCUGACAAAGAUGGCUCUGGAAAUCACAGAACGGCAUGCUGUUGUCCAAGGAAUUCCUCUUGUGCAAGGCUCGGACAAAUACUUUUGGUUUGGUCGGCCUCAUUUGAUUCUUCAUCUUAUCCACUUUGCUCUAUUUCAGAAUGCAUUCCAAAUAAUCUAUUUCUUAUGGAUAUGGUAUUCAUUUGGACUGAAAUCUUGUUUCCAUGCAAAUUUCAAGCUUGCAAUUAUGAAAGUAGCCUUGGGGGUUUUUGUGCUAUUUUUGUGCAGCUACAUUACUCUUCCUCUCUAUGCCCUUGUAACUCAGAUGGGAUCACGAAUGAAGAAAUCCAUUUUCGAUGAGCAAACGUCAAAGGCCCUCAAGAAGUGGCACAAUGCAGCGAAAAAGAAGCGAGGAGGCAAGGGAUCAAAAUCUUCCACUAUAACACUCGGUGGCAGCUCAACUUUAUCCACAACGCACUCUUCAGGACACACACUCCACCGUUUCAAAACCACUGGUCACUCAACCCGCGGUCCAACCUACGAAGACACCGAUGCAUCUGAUAUGGAAGCUGAUCCCUUGUCACCCACCUCGUCAACAACAAACUUGAUAGUAAGAGUUGAUCACGAGGAGGAAGAAACUGAGUUAAAGAAACCCCAUGUUGGAGAAGAAACUAAAAAUGAAGAUGAAUUCUCCUUCAGGACUUCCCAGAAACCAUAAGAUAUAUUAGCAUCAUAAAUAAUCUCUCAAUCCAUUGUAUUAAUUCUUGUUAAAUAUUAGGAAAAGAUAUUGAAAUGCUUGUACAUUAGCUUAUAACAACUUUUUUGUUUUCUUCUCUCCUUGGCUAGUUUAGCGAGGUCAUGAUACAUGUUUUCUGUGGCAAUUGGCUUUAAUGAAUAUGAGUUCUACAGGAUAUGAGAUUUUGAUUAA